AUGCUGGAGCUGUUGCUCAAUGUUGUCCCUAAUGGGGCUUACCCAUUCAAUGAAAGAUUCAAUGAUGACCCUGAUGAUGAUAGUGAUGGUAAAGAUAACUCUGACUUCCUGCUGGAUCUUUACUCCCAGCUGAAGGAUCAUGAGACUAAAACAGACACAGAUCAGGAUAUUUAUGGUGAAGAUUACAGUGAGGAUGAUGAUCAGGAGGAACAUAUAGCUGAUUAUAGCCAAAGUGACUUCCUUCUGGACCUUUACUCCCAGCUGAAGGACUGUGAGACUAAAACAGGUCUGAGCCUCCUUCCAUCAUUACAGUCAGUUUUCCAGUCAGCUCCUCCAGUCUGGACCAUAAAGCUCUCAGAGAUAAAGACCUCCAUCCUCCUGGAAGUGUUGAAGCUCCAAUCAGAGAAGAAACCAGUGAAGCUGACAGACUGCUCACAUGGAGAGAGUGAAGUGAGGAGUUUCCUACAGUGUCUGCCUUAUAUCUCACAGCUCAGUUUGGAAUCUCAGAGGUCCUUUUUUCUCAAACAAACUGGGCUGUUAGUGAGUCUGUUCUGUGCUGCAGCAGAGAGAGAACAGCAGACAGGAGAGAAGAUGGUGGAGCUGUUGGCAUCAGUCUGUAGAUAUGAAACAUUUCCUGUGGAGGAAAAAUACAGCGAUUACAAAUAUCGUCUUUCCUUUCUGCUGGAUCUUUACUCCCAGAUGAAGGACUGUGAGACUAAAACAGGUCUGAGUCUCCUUCCAUCAUUACAGUCAGUUUUUCAGUCCUCUUCUCUAGUCUGGACCAUAAAGCUCUCAGAGAGAAAGACCUCCAUCCUCCUGGAAGUGUUGAAGCUCCAAUCAGAGAAGAAACCAGUGGAGCUGACAGACUGCUCACAUGAAGAGAGUGAAUUAAGGAUUUUUGUUAGGUGUCUGCCUUAUAUCUCACAGCUCUGGUAA